AUUCACAAAUUCUGGAGAUACGAAACCCAGAUAGAAUGGAAAAUGAAAAUGAAAGCUGAGAUAAGGAAUGAGCAUCACCACCUCCUAGAAGUAUCCAAGGGUUUAACCCACUCUCUGAAAUUUGCUAUAAAUACUCAGCAAUUUGCCCUGUGUUGUUCAUCAAUACUAAAGAGAUUGAAUCUUAUCAAUCACAUUAGUAGCAAUGGCAGACGAGAUUAUCUUGUUGGAUUUCUGGCCUAGCAUGUUUGGUAUGAGGGUCAGAGUUGCCCUGGCAGAGAAGGGUCUCAAGUAUGAAUAUAGAGAGGAGGACCUGUGGAACAAGAGCCCUUUGCUUCUUGAGAUGAACCCAGUUCAUAAGAAAAUCCCAGUUCUGAUCCACAAUGGAAAGCCCAUUUGUGAGUCUCUGAUAAUAGUUCAGUAUAUUGAUGAGGUUUGGUGCGAUAAAUCUCCGCUUUUGCCUAGUGACCCAUACCAGAGAGCUCAGGCCAGGUUCUGGGCGGACUACAUAGACAAGAAGCUCUAUGAACUUGGAAGGAAGAUAUGGUCAACCAAAGGAGAAGAGCAGGAAACAGCCAAGAAGGAAUUCAUAGAGUGCCUUAAGCUUUUGGAAGGAGAGCUUGGAGAGAAGCCUUACUUCGGUGGUGAAAAAAUUGGGUUUGUAGAUGUGGCUCUGGUGACCUUCUCUUGCUGGUUUUAUGCAUACGAGACCUUUGGCAACUUCAGCAUGGAGGCGGAGUGCCCCAAGUUGAUCGCUUGGACCAAGAGGUGCAUGGAAAAGGAGAGCGUGUCGUCUUCUCUGGAAGACCCACACAAGGUCCAUGGCUUUAUCAUGGGGAUGAGAAAGAGGUUUGGUAUAGAGUAGAAGGGGCACAUGGGUCUUCCCUCGAAGACCCCGCAAGGUCCAUGACUUUGUCACGUGGAUGAGAAAGAAGUUUGGUAUUGAAUAAAAGGGAAAUAUCACGGUCUAUGCUCUAUUGAGUAGUGUUGUAUUGGUAAUGUAAGAGGAGUGUUUGCUUAAGUUUGCUAAGUGAUAUGGGUUUGCUGAGCUAUGUGGUUGGAAAGAAAUGUUUUGAAUUUUUUUGGACUAGAGAUGUGUUCUUGUAUUAAAGAAAUAAAAGUCUUUUGACUACC